AGUGCGCGGAAACAGCUGUGCGAGCCCGCCCUACAGAGAGACAGAGACAGUCAGCUGCUAUUCCUCUUCCACACAACACACCUUUGCUUGCAGGUUAUGUCGUCUGGAUAGUGGAGUGGUUAGCUCGCAGUGCGGUGUUACAGUGAUCGUUCCAAAUUCCAAGUAUUACUGUAUGAGGUGAAGUGAAGUAGUGAAGAGCGGUGGACAAGAAGGAUUCUGUGAGACACACUACAGUCCUUCAACAUGUGGAAAAUAACACUAGAGGAGGAAUACAAGAAAAAUCCAGAAUUGAAGGAAGAGCAAAUACAAGAGAUUCAAACAUGGAUAAAGAGCCAGCCACAUUUGCCCUCUAUCACAGACCUGGACGUGGUGAUGUUUCUACAGUCGUGUCAGUUUGACUUGGACCAGACCAAAGAGACAGUGGAGGCUUACUACACUUACAGAACUUCCCUAACAGACUUCUUCUCUGGCAGGGACCCGAUGUCAAAAGAGAUACAAGAAAUAUCCAAAGUCAUCAAUGUGACUAUUCUCCCUGACCCAGACAAGGAUGGUAACCGCAUCAUGUGGGGCAGUCUGGUCGACCCGGACCCCAACCACUACAGCUUCGCCCUGGCUGUCAAGUACUUCACCAUGACCUCUGAGGUGUUCCAGCUAGAGCACGGGACAGUUCCGGGGUUCAUCGUUGUCUACGAUGUCAAGAACCUCUCCUUCUCCCACCUCCUCAAAACACCCCUCACGCACAUCUCCAAGUACACACAUUACGCCCAGGAGGCUGCAUCUUUCCCAGUCAAAGGUAUUCACUACUUGAACACUAACGCUGUGAUAGACAAACUAGUCUCCUUCGUUAAACCGUUCGUCAAGUCUAGCAUUAUGGAGGUGUUACAACUGCACUCAAAUUUAGACACGUUUUUCAAAUUUGUGCCAAGAGAAAUUGUGCCCAAAGACUACGGUGGGGACCAACUGACGCUAAAAGAAAUGAACGAUUUGAACCUGCGAAAGAUUGAAGACCACAGGCAGUUCUUCCUGGACGAACAAAAGUAUCGUGUUGACGAGAGCAAAAGAGUCGGGAAGAAGGGGAAAAGCUCUGCUUCCGGAAACGGGAAUGGAGUGGACGGAGUGAAGGGAUCCUUCAAAAAGUUAUCUAUUGACUGAUGUACAAUGCGAGAAAUUGUAAUCGAUGGUGCUUUACCCACUGUGAAUAAAUUUUAUGUUUAGAUUAUA